CCACCGCCUCCUCAAAUUCUUAUUUCGAAGCUCGAACUCUUCGCUGCCACGAUGCCCAUGGCCGGAACCAAGCGCUCUUCCCCUUCCCCCAUUUCCAUAGGAAAUUGCGAGGUCCAGAUAGAAGGAAAGGGGAUCGUCUGUGAAUCGAGCGAGAAAAAUCUUCUCAUUUCUGUUUCUAAUGAUGCAAAAGUCAAAAUUUCAGUGGAUGAUAGAAAGAGAUAUACGCCACGGAAAUCUGAUGAUAGUGGUGGGGAACGGUUCCCUCUGGAGGGUCAUUCUUUCUCGCUCCUGAAUCCUAAAGACGUGGAUAGCCGAAGCAAAUCCCUGCUUCAGGAAGUACUGAAGCUGUACAUCAAAGAACUUCCUUCAAUGAAUUAUGCUGCAAAUACUGGAAAGAAAUCUCAAUUUCUUGAGAGAUGUGUGUCCAAUGGAAAAUAUAGGACAUUGAUUUUGAAAUCAGAUUGUGUCAAAGGCCUUGGACAGGUGAUAGCUGCAAUUUCAUAUCAAAUAAUUCCUACUGACACACAAUAUGCUGAAAUACCUCUUGCUGCUGUCAGUUCAAACAACCAAAAGAAGGGUAUUGGUCAGCUCUUGUAUAAGGAAUUGAGUAAGAGGCUUCAGAGUGUGGGGAUUUCAACAUUUCUCUGCUGGGCAGAUGAGGUAUCUGAAGGAUUUUGGCUCAAACAGGGUUUCAUUUCAGUAGGAGAGGUGAAUAGCAGAGGUAAAACUCGAAGGCUACCCAUUAAAGCUGAUAUUAGGAGGGUGUUAUGUUAUCCUGGUGGUUCCACACUUAUGGUUUCUCAAAUUAAAAAGGAUCUUAUGAAUUUUGUCAACUCUUCGAAACAUGUUAGUCUGGGCUCCUCUUCAAAGUCACACGCCAAGUCACCAAGUAAUGCUCCUUCUGAAACUCCUGGACUUACAGAAAUUAUGACAAGGGAUACUUCAAAGUAUGAAUCUCUGAGCAACCUUGAUAUCGUUCCAGACAGCCACCAAAUGAAAACUUCUCAGUUACAAAAAUUGAUGAACCAUGGUUGUUCCAUAGAUAGACAGAAAGCUGAAGGUGUUCCUCCUGAUGCUGUUAUGGUGCCAGCCUGUGCAAAAUUGGUUGCUUUGAAUAAUGUGGGUUGCCAUAGCAAUGGAGCUGAUUUAGGGCAGGCAGAAAAUGAGUAUGAUACCGAUGGUAGGUGUUCUCUUGGACAAGGAGUGAAGAGGCAGAUCUGGGAAGCUACAUUGUCUUCAUUAAAAUCAAAGAGGAUUAGAGGUGGUCAUCUUAUUGGCUGUUGCCAGGAAUCAAAUCAAGAUAUUGUUUGUGAGAGUUGCUCCUUAGGAAACUCUGGAUGUGAGCAGUCAGUCAGGGCAUUUCUAAAAGAUUCUAUAUGUCAUGCUGAAGGAAACAGAGUAGGUGAUAUCAAUGAUGAUCUGCUUUUAAAAGGAAAUUGUCCGACAGUCAUGUUCAUGAAUAUUGCUGAUGAUGCUAAAAAAGCAUGCCUUACAAAGAUAGUUAUAGAACUCAGAGGCACUGUAACCUGUGAAGGAAGUGCCUGUACACAUGUUAUAACUGGAAAAGCGAGAAGGACAUUGAAUUUCUGCACAGCUCUAUGCUCUGGCGCUUGGAUAGUCUCUCCUAAUUGGUUGAAAGAAAGCUUCAGGGAAAGAAGGUUCUUAGGGGAAUUGCAAUUUGUUUUAGAAGAUGAAGAAUAUCUGUUGAAAUACAAAUCUGACCUGCGGGAUGCAGUUAUGAGAGCAAAAGCAAAUCCCAAUUCAUUGCUCAGAGGAUAUCAUGUCUGCAUUGCAAAGCAUAUCCAUCCCUCUUCUAAUGUUUUGUCAAUUGUCAUCAAGUCAGCUGGUGGCAAUGUCAUUCGUAGGCUGGGCAGCACUGAGGAGCCGUCAAAGGAAAUCUUUUUGGCAUGUGAAGAAGACAUGGCAGAGGCUUUAGCCGCUGCAAGAAAGGGUAUACGGACUUACAACAGUGAUUGGUUAAUGAACUGCAUCAUGAGACAGGAGCUUGAUCUGAAUGCCCCUCAGUUUGCUGAGUCCCUAUAGGGUUGCAAUGUGUCCUACCAUGUGCUUCUUAUGUCAUCAUAUUUGAACUAUAAUAUCCUAGUUGAACUGGUACAGGUUACUGUGUAUAUUUGGCCUUUUUUGUCUGCCAGGUGAAGUAGUCCUGCUUCAUCAUUCUGUUGCUUGCAACAUACCAAGUUCUGAUGUCUUAACCUAUAUUAGUCGGGCAUGGUUUGCUAUAUCACCUCAUACCAUCCGGUAUGGGGCAUAACAUACCAGACCGACCGUACCGCUUUAUACCGAUACUACCAUAUCGUACCAAACUGCAUACUGAUACUAUAAUAGGAUUUUACCAGUAUGGGGUUUGGUACCAAGACGGUGAAUCUUAAUCAGGGGAUUAGGUCUUUAACCUUUGUUUUCACAAAAGGCUGUUAAUCAAUUUUUCAGAAUGCUGAAUAUAUAUGGAAAUGCAAGACUUCUGUCCCCUUUUUGGUUA